AACCCAAAUCAAAAGCACAAAACCCUAAAUAUAUCUAAACCCGUUAUCAAAAAACUCAUAUCAUGGAUUCUUCUGCCGGAAAAUCCAUGUCCGGCGGCACUAGAGAGCCUGUGAAGGUGGUGAUUAUCAACACUCAGUAUAUAGAGACCGAUGCCGUAAGCUUCAAGUCUGUGGUUCAGAGACUCACCGGAAAAGAUUCCAUUGUGGAGGUUGAGUCAUCAUCGUCCACCGGGAGGAAGACUAGUAGGGUUGGAGCUCCGGCGAAAAUUUCUGGUGGUGAUUCAUUUUUUUCAAAAGAGUUGUCGUUCAAGGAUUUUGAUAGGUUGCUCAUGGAGAUGCCACCGUUGGAGGAGCUUUAUAGGCUAUGCGCUGAUUGA